AUGUGUGCGCUGCUGCCGGCGUGGCUGUGCCUGUUGUUCGGCUUCCUGCCUCUGGAGAUCCAGUCCCGGGCUUUGACUCUGCAAAGCCUCACUCACAGACACAGGAUGAGUUUGGCCAGACCCUCUAAAUAUCCAAAGUCUUCUUACCUCACCACCAUGCCCACUGCGCCUGUUCUCCCUGUUGCCGUUGACAACCACAGCACCCAGGGAGACAGACACAUCAUCUGGAGGGCCCGGCUCCACAAAGAGCCCCCGCCGAGGCUGGCCGACCCGCUGCUCGACCAAAGCGACAGUGUGCUACGGGAAGCGCCGGCCUGGCAGCGUGGGUCACGGGGUCGUCGUCAUGUCAACGGUGGCAGCGGGAGGGGCCACGGACAUCUGAUGAGGGUGGGGUGCGUUCUAGGCACCUGUCAGGUUCAGAACCUCAGCCACCGUCUCUACCAGCUGAUUGGACAGAGCGGGAGGGAAGACUCUUCCCCCAUUAACCCUCGCAGUCCUCACAGCUACGGCUAA